GAGACGCACUGACGUAAAGAUGUCGUUUGAGUGACGUCAGGACGUACUGUUGGUGUAUUUUCCUCUUUUAGUACUCUGCUGUGCUAGUUAGCAUGUGCAGCCUUCACUGUUCAGCUUCAUUUAACAUUUACAUUCUCUGUAAAUUCACAUUGUAACGUUCACAUCUUCGGCAGCAUCAUGAGCACGUUAUGGAUGGGGAACCUGGAGACCUACAUGGAUGAGAAGUUUAUCACCAGAUCCUUUUCCACCAUGGGUGAGCAGGUGAUCAAUGUGCGGAUCAUCCGCAACAAAAUGACGGGGGGUGCUCUGGGUUACUGUUUUGUGGAGAUGACCGAUGAGGCCACAGCUGAGAGGUGUCUCCGCAAAAUCAACGGAAAAGCCUUACCAGGAGCUAAUCCGCCUACACGAUUCAAGUUAAACCGAGCCACCUUUGGGAAACAAGACAGUGGUCAGAUGUAUUCUCUGUUUGUGGGAGAUCUAACUCCAGAAGUGGAUGAUGGGAUGCUUUAUGAGUUCUUUUACAACCGCUAUCCUUCCUGUCGUGGUGGAAAAGUGGUGCUGGACAGCAUGGGCAACUCCAAAGGCUGUGGCUUUGUUCAGUUCCCAGACGAGCGGCUGCAGAAGAGGGCUUUAGAGGAGUGUCAGGGUGCUCUGGGACUGGGUGUCAAACCUCUGAGACUCAGCCUGGCUGCUAACAAGAACCGGCAGCAGCAGCAGACGUCAGAGCCCAGGUCAGGAUACGGCUCAGGAUACAGACAGAACUAUGAGCAGUACAACCAGUACCAGCAGAGGCCUACCCAGGGGUAUUACCCCUCCUGGGGCUAUGAUCAGACUGCAGGAGGGUAUGGCUACAACUAUCAGCAGUAUGACUACACACAGUAUCCCCCACCACAGGAAAGUGAACCUGUUCAGGAUGAUGGACUUGAAGAUCCCAGUCCGGAGCUGGAUGUGGUGGAGGCCAACAAGAAGUUCAUGGAGCUCAGUGAGGAACUGUAUGAUGCUCUGAUUGAGUGUCACUGGCAGCCAGCAGACUUCUCCACAGAACAGGACUAUUCAACCUCCAGCCUACCAGAGCCCAUCUACUGCUGAAGCUCAACACUGUUUUCUCUGGACUUUACCUUCCUUUGGGAUUUUAUUUACAGUUGACUGCUGAAAUGUUGCCCGUAUGGAUCUUUUUUUUUUUAAGGACAUAAAGGAAAUAAGUCAUGGUAAUGGUUCUACAACAAGAAAAUGUGACUUUUUUUUUUUAAUGUGUCCACAAAACACACUGAAUCCAAAUAACAUGUUUAAGUGUGAAGGCUUAUUUCCAACAUAGUCCCACAAUAUUAAGACAGACACACAUUUUGUAAUGUAAAAUGAAACUAUAAAAUCUAAAAAAACUAAAAUGACAUCAAUAUAAAGUAAAUAUUAGACAUGAUUUUGACACUUUACACAACUAAUUGUCCUCAUACAGGUUUGUGUCUGUGUUCAACCUGUCCUAGCUAUCGGGACAAUAAACAUUGUAUUUAAUGUGCUGUCAUUAAAGCCUUCAUACGCAGAAAUCGAAUGUGGGGUAUAGCAUUUUCUUUUAUUAUUCUGAUGACGUACGUUUUUGUUUUUUUUGUAGAAAAAUGAAAUUGUCGAUAAUGAAA